AUGGCAGCGCAGACGAGGCAAGAGUUGCGAGAUUUCCUACGCAGCUACGACACCAACGACUCAGGCAAUUUCAAUCGUGACCGGUGGCUUCAUCUCUGCACCAGUGCGACCAUCAAUCUACCACAGGACAGUGCUGCCGCCCUCUUCGAUCGACUGGAUACCGACAGGGAUGGUCUCGUCACUAUCGACGAGCUGUUGAAGAGCCUCAGUGAAUGGCAGAAGGCCACCAAUCCGGAAUUCGACGACAUAUGGGAGGAAGAGACGGGCAGACCAGUCGAUUUAGGCCAAUUCACCGAACCUCAAACGUGGAAUUCACAACAGCAUGUGAACAACCGCCUUGGUAGUCUUUAUACCUCAUCUCCGAUUGAAGCAGAUAAAGAAUUCGGAAAAAGCGUAGUUGAGGCUACUAGAUUAAGCAAAACCAUCAGUGACUCCUAUCCUGAAUUAGCCGCCGCUUUCAACCAUCUGCUGGAGUCCUUCAAGAAAGAUAUCCUGGCCAAGAAGUAUGAGAAUGCUGAUCUGGAACAGAGCUACCAAAGAGAAAAGCAAGCGAGGAAGGACGAUUUGCUACGACUGGAAAAUGAACUUGAGGCUCAAAUUGAAAUGGUUGAGGCGCGAAUGCGAGAAGAACUUAGUAAAAAGUAUGAGGCUGCAUACGUAGAGAAGGUGCGGCAAAAGGAGCUCGAGAUCCAAAGAUUCAGAGAAACUGUCAAUGAAUUAAAAGAGCAAGUUCAAACCAACCAUCGAAAACGCUCCAGUAUUAGUGGAUUGCGUUCCCUAAAUGCUACGACCCCUGGAGAUGAUAGCGUUUUUGGUAGAAGGAGAGCCUGGAAAGGAAAGUCGCAGGAAUCGGUAGAGGAGAGUAACUCCAUGGAGGCGCAACUUCAGCGUGAGGCUGAGGAUCUACGCAAAAAACUGGUUGAGGCGCAGAAACAACUCCGAGAUAGUGAAGCUGAACUGACUCAAUUACGCGCCACUGUAGAAACACAGUCUUCACAAUUGCAUAUUGAAAAAAUGAGGUCUUCAGCAUACAUUGAAGAGAAGGAUAUCCUCUAUGGUCAAAUCCAAAAACUCAAGGACGCUCUUCACGAAGUUCAGGGCAAACACGCAUUAUAUCUGCAAGGUGAAUUCCUCGACAGGGCUCUGGAUCUUCAAGGUCUACCAUGGCAAAGAGACAGUGGUCAAUGGUCCGGCUCGAAUGAAUACAGCGACAGACCCUUCAACAACAUGGACCCAGAAAUAGGGAGUGUCACGAACUGGUCUAAUGUCGACGGCUUCCAAGCACCAGAUCGCAUCUUCCGUGUUGUGAUGGUGGGUGAAUCUUCAGUAGGAAAAACUUGCUUCAUGUACCGCUUCUGUACUGGAGACUUCUACUACAAUGCCCGUGCUACAGUCGGUGUGGAUUUCAAGACGAAGGUUAUGGUAAUAGACGGAAACGUAUACACAAUCGAACUUUGGGAUACUGCUGGCCAGGAGAAAUAUCACAGCCUGGCGAGGCAAUACUUCAGGAAGUGCGAUGGCGCCAUCCUCAUGUACGACGUUUCCAGUUGGGCUUCCUUUGUUGGGGUCCGAGAAUGGGUCAGCAUGCUGGAGGAAAGCUGCGGAGAUUCGUUUAUACCGCGUAUAUUGGUAGGCAAUAAAACGGACCUUCGUGACAGUCCGGCAAAUUCCGUCAAACCAGCAGCCCCAGCCUUCAUUUCAACAAGAGAGGGUGAAAAUCUUGCAAAGGUUUACAAAGCGGAAUUCAUUGAAACAAGUGUACUCAAUGGCAUCAACAUUGACGAAGUAAUCGUCAGCUUGGCAAGAGCAAUGAAGUACCGGAACGAUUGCCAGAACAGUGGCAUUCGCAUCUCCAAAAAGAAGAAGAUCAAAGUCCCCGAAUGCUGCAGCUAA